AUGGCACUACUAGCCCAAUACCGCACCGUCCCAACAAUCGAAGCCACCAUCCACACAAUCAUCCACACACUCGAGCACCCAACCGAGCACAUAAUCGAUAUGCCGAACUGGGUGAACGGACUCGUAAACGAAAUCUUCCACCACUACUUCCCACCCGAAGCCGGCUGGAUGGUACUCCCCAGACGCAGUGCCGACAAUCGACAAAGCGGGCUAAUAAUGCGCGUGGGGAGAUGGGUGCCCGACAUAGCGCCGGCGCCGAGCCCGCGUCCGCGCUUUGAGGACCGCGUGGUGGCUAUCGUUACGACCACUGAAGCUGGUUAUGAGUUUGAUGUGCGGCCGGAGCUGAAUAGACUGCAUGCGUCGGGCGUUAUCGAGACCGGGGAUUACUGGGUUGCGGUGUUUGAGGGGAGCUUUGUUUCGUUCUUUUCUUGUCAUAGGGAGCCGUGGGCGGAGGUAGUAACGAGGCCGCUUGGGCCGCCGAUGCAAAUGGGGCGGAAUAUGUUUCAUAUCCGGGAUGAUUGUUUGGCGGUGGAGGAGAUGAUAAGGCAUAUGGCCUUUAGAUGA